AUGGCGUUGAGUCUGGUGCCCGGACUCCACAGCUCCUCUUCACCUGAAAAAGAAGAGAAAGAGGAAGAGGAAGUCCGGACCACAGACGAGAACGACAGAGGAGAAGAAAAGAGAGGAGACAAGGAGCGAAGGGUGGAGUCUGUGUCGUACAUGACCCUGAACGUCACCGUGCUCCGAGCCAAGACCGAGACCAACCAGGACUUCUGGUCUCAGUCGGACCUGUACGUGACUCUGACGUUGCCGACGGCGAUGGCCACGAUUCGAAGAACCAAAACCAUCAACCACAACAACCAACCUGUGUGGAACGAAGGCUUCAGCUUCAGAGUCCCCACAAAGACCAAGAACGUUCUGGAGAUCCGUCUGUUUGAUGAGGACCUUCUCUCGAAAGACGACCUGAUCUCCACCGUCCUCCUCGACCUGGAGACUCUGGAGCUCGACUCGAAGAUCUGCAGGUCCUUCAGCCUGAACCCAGAGACGCAGGACGCUCUGGAGGUGGAGUUUGAGUUGACCAACAGUGAAGAGGAGACUCAGGAGUACCUGUCCAACGGGAUCCUGAUGGCGGCUCCUCUGUCUGUGCUCAACGUCAAAGUGCAGAAGCUCCUCCACACUCACCUUCUUUGGUGUUCUCCGAUGUUGACUCUGUGUGGAGCCUAUGAGAAGGUUCAGCCUCUGGAUCCGGACACAGACAAACUCGUGUUCCACAUGAACCGAGAGCUGGAGACGCAGCUCGCGCUCACCGUGAGCAUCUACUCCAACAUCUGUUUGUCUGAGGUGAAGGUGACAGAAGAGAUCGAGGUGGAGAAACAGAACGUGGUUUUUUCGAGUGUUCUGAAGCUCCUCCCCUCUCGCCACUCAGGACACGUCUCCCUCUCUGUGGACCAGGACACUGUGGAUCUGCACCUGGAGCUGAACGACAGGUCUCUGUGUGAGGACGGGGUGGGGGUGCGUCUCUCAGAGGACGUCUCCGCUCAGGAGAAGAACUUCCUGUACAAGAGGAAGACCAGAGUGUCUCAGGCUCUUCAGGCUCUGCUCCACCUCCAGAGUGUUUCUCCACACGACAAGGUGCCGACCGUGGCCGUGGUGGUGUCAGGGGGCGGGGCCAGAGCCUGCACUGGGCUCCUGGGUUCUCUGAAGGCUCUGAAGGACAUGGGAGUCCUGGACGCCGUCUCUUACAUCACCGUCCUGUCUGGGUCCACCUGGUCGAUGUCGGCUUUGUGUCAGGACGAGAACUGGUCCCAAAACCUGGAGAGCCUCAUGCCAAAGAUCAGGGAGCAGAUGACCAAGAGCAUGAUGAGCGCCUUCACUCCGGAGAAGCUGCACUACUACUACACUGAGAUGGAGAAGAAGGAGAAACAGGGUCACCUAGUGUCCUACAUCGACAUGGCAGGACUCAUCGCAGAGCACUAUGUGUUUGGACAGAAAAACUCCAGUACUCUCUCUGAUCAGAAGAAGACGGUGAAGAACGGUCAGAAUCCUCUUCCCAUUUACACAGCGGUCAACGUGAAGGAGGCCAUCCAUGGGAACCAACCUGAGGCGGAGUGGGUGGAGUUCACGCCGUUCGAGGUGGGGAUGCAGAAGUACGGAGCCUUCAUCAAAGCUGAAAACUUCGGCUCCGAGUUUUUCCUCGGACAUUUGAUCAAGAAGCUCCCGGAGCUCAGACUUCCAUUUCUCAUGGACUCUCACCCGGACGCCUUCCCAAACCAGCUGACCCCGUCUGACCCCACCCUUCACCUCAUCGACUCAGGACACUCCAUAAACAUCGGAUGCCCUCCCGUGCUUCGUCCUGAGAGACGCGCCGACGUCAUCAUCAUCCUCAGUUACUCCUGGGACCCUGGGAACAUCUUUAAAGUUCUGCAGAAGACCUGUGAGUUCUGUGAGGAACACCAGAUGCCCUUCCCGUCUCCAGAUUUUGCUGAGCUCCAGAAGCAGCCGCAGAGAGAAGUGUACGUGUGUGAGGCCCCCGAGAACCCAGAGGCCCCCAUCGUCCUCCUCCUGCCCCUGGUCAACGCCUCCUUCAGAGACCACAAGGCCCCAGGUGUGCGGCGUGAGACGGAGGAGGAGCUGGCGGCGGGUCAGGUGGACGUGAGCUCCUCAGGUUCCCCGUACACGACCCAGAACAUGACCUACUCCGAGGAAGACUACGACGCCCUGAUCCGGCUCACGCACUACAACGCCACGCACAGCAGAGACGCCGUUCUGUCCGCCCUCGCCAAAGCCCUGAGCCGCCUGACCCCUGACCCCUGACCCCUCUGCCCUCGCCAAAGCCCUGAGCCGCCUGAC